GAAGCGAUUGGAUGUUGCACCUCAUCGCCUUAGCCGAGUGUCCGCCGCGUUCAGAUAGCGAGAGGGACGCCGCGGAAACACACACACAACAACAACAACAACAACAUGCUUCGUACUGUGUGUCGGAGCGGCAGGGCUCUCGUGCAGCACUCCCGGCGCACGGUGCCCUCCCACUGUCUUGCUCCAGCCCAGCAGAGAUGGGCCUCCAGCCUCCCCAUGAACACAGUGGUCCUGUUUGUGCCACAGCAAGAAGCCUGGGUGGUCGAGAGGAUGGGCCGCUUUCACCGCAUUCUGGAGCCAGGCUUGAACUUCCUCAUUCCAGUACUAGACAGAAUUCGAUAUGUGCAGAGCCUGAAAGAGAUUGUCAUUGAUGUUCCAGAGCAGUCUGCUGUCUCUUUAGAUAAUGUCACACUACAGAUAGACGGUGUUUUGUACCUCAGAAUACUGGACCCAUUUAAGGCUAGCUAUGGGGUAGAAGACCCAGAAUACGCUGUCACUCAACUGGCGCAGACUACCAUGCGUUCCGAGCUUGGGAAGCUCACCUUGGACAAAGUUUUUCGGGAAAGAGAGUCCUUGAAUUCCAACAUUGUUCACUCAAUUAAUCAGGCAGCGGACGAGUGGGGGAUCCGAUGUCUGAGGUACGAAAUCAAGGACAUCCAUGUCCCUCCCCGUGUGAAGGAGUCUAUGCAGAUGCAGGUAGAGGCAGAGCGGAGGAAGAGGGCAACUGUCUUGGAGUCAGAGGGCACACGGGAGGCAGCCAUCAAUGUAGCUGAAGGCCGGAAGCAGGCACAGAUUCUGGCCUCUGAGGGCGAGAAGGCUGAGCAAAUCAACAAGGCAGCUGGUGAGGCCAGUGCAGUUUUAGCAAAAGCUGAAGCAAAAGCCAAAGCAAUUCGACUGCUAUCGGAAGCCUUGACACAGCAGAAUGGAAACGCAGCAGCAUCUUACAGCGUUGCUGAGCAGUAUGUGUCUGCUUUCUCCAACUUGGCUAAAGAGUCCAACACCAUCCUUCUGCCCUCCAACACUGGAGACAUCAGUAGUAUGGUAACGCAGGCCAUGAGCAUCUACAACAACCUAGCCAAGCAAAAUGUGCAGGAUGCCAGUUCUGCUCAAACGCUGUCAGAGGCCCAAAAGGUGAAGCCAGAGGAGAAUCCAUCCAGCGAGAAUCUCUCCCUACAUCUCCCAAGUGCACAGUAGUCUUUCACAUCCUAGGCAACAACCAAAGGGGUGAGGUGCAGAUCCGUGCAGAACAUCUCUGCAAUUUCCAUUGGGAGUUAAGAGACAUGGACUGUAGAACUCCAGCACAGCAAGUUAUAAAUGAGGUGGGGGGGCAGCAUUGGAAAGAUGAAAAGUCCUGGAAUCAUGUUCACCUGAGCUUUCACCAUGUUCACUUGAUGUGUUCAUUUGUUCAGUUUCCUUCUGUUUAAUUUAUACUGGUGCAAAGUGUCAUACUUUCUCUGGCUGUGGUGCUCCUGUGAUGAUGGCAUAUUUUCCUAUAGGCUCAACAGUCAAUGGUACUGAUAGACAAAAAU